CUAAGUUUGGAAACGCAUUGUAACCUCUCCAUAUUUCACCGCGACUACUUUAACAAGCUCUAGUGAAAGUUAUUGCCAGUUUUCAAGUGUGUUUUUCAGAAUCCUCGUCAUAAACAAAGCUUCUGCGUGACUGCUAGUGAUAAAACAACAACCACAACCAAGAAUGUGACGAAUAAUCUCUGUGGUCUCUUAAAACAAUCCCGGAGAGACUCUUAAGUGUUUGAAAAUACGAACACUAGAAAGAAGGAACAGAUGAAACGAAAGGGGCCAGUAGCGUGUGUAUUGAGUGAUGAGUUGCUGACACAGAGAUGCUGGGAAUAGCAACACCGAAGAGGCUGUUUGUGACGCGGGAACAGUGAAGAUUAAAAGCAUGGCGAAGAGAGUGAAGUAGUGGCUUAGUGGCGUAGUAUAAGAUGCAUAUUGGUGCUUAUAGAAGUUAAGUGUGUGUAUCAGAAAUAACUCCAGCAAGCUUUCAAGAUAAAAAGGGUAUGGGGCAAAGAUGGCGUGGAGCUUCGACAAGACGGGAGAGGUGAUCCUGUGGGGUGCCGUGAGUGGAGGCGUGGCGCUGCUACUGAAAGGUCUGGGUUUCUCCUUCUGCAGCUGGAUAUUCAUCGGCUGCUGGUUCCUCUCCGCCGCCACCGCCCUCCAGCUGUCCUGCAUUAAGGUGCCGGCGGCAGGUAAGGCAGUGGUGGUGACGGGAUGCGACCAUGGUAUCGGCCACGCCCUUGCCCUCCACCUCCAUCAGCAGGGCUUCCGAGUGUUUGCUGGGUGUUUGAAUGACGCCGGAGAGGGUGCGGCAAGGCUGAGGGAGCAACACUCGGAGAGACUCAUUGUUUUGCCUAUGGAUGUCACCAAGCAAGAGCAGCUGAACGCGGCAGUGCAGGAAGUGAAGCUGCAGCUACCGGAAAGAGAGGUGCUGUGGGGGCUUGUCAACAACGCAGCUAUCAUGUCGAGGGGCUACGUGGAAUGGGUACCGCUACACACCUACAGGAAGAUCAUUGACGUUAACGUGCUGGGGAUGCUAGCGGCCACUAAAGCCUUCCUGCCGCUCAUCCGCAGAGCCAGAGGUCGGGUAGUCAACAUGUCCAGUGUGUCGGGGGUGAUCGGAACAGGCAUCCUCUCUCCUUACACCAUCAGCAAGUACGCAGUGGAGGGCCUCAGUGACUGUCUCAGACAGGAGAUGAGGCAGUGGGGCGUGGCUGUCUGUGCUGUAGAGCCGAGUAACUUCAAUGCUGCGACCCAACUGCUGACGGCGACCAGAGUGGAGAACGAGGGCUUAGAGAUGUGGGAGUCCAUGCCAGAGGUAGUGAGGUCUGAUUACGGCAAGCAUCACUUCGACAGCGUCAUGAGAGUACUACGGGAGUCUGUACAGGGAGGGGAGAAGGACCUGACACCUGUGCUGGCUGCUCUGACGGAAGCACUGACACAGAGGUUCCCCCGCGCUCGCUACCGUGUGGUCGACACUUACUACUUCCUCAAGGUUGCCGCUGCUAUCCACCUGCCGGAGUGGAUGUUUGACCUGUUGUACCUGCCGUAGCAAACGUUUCCUUCCAUCACCUGUAACCCUUCCUGACUCCACCUUCCUCACCAUCACCACCUUCCCCAUCACCAUUAUCACCAUCACACGCCGCCCCCAUCGUCACCUCAUCUAUGACUGAAGCACACAUUGUUGGUGUCUCAGGGUUCCUGUUGCCAUAGCUUAACUACUUAAGAUAAUACGUCAUGUGUCUGUUUAAAGGACGCCUAGUGCAGUGCGUUUAGUUUCCUUUCGCACUGAGUUUGUUAUAAAUGUAUCUUGUAUUGAUAAAAAUGAAAUAAACCUGUGCUUGAUAA